AUGACUGGGGUGGCGCAGGUAAAGAAGGAAGACAAGAAUGUGAAAUGUACCAUACUGAAGAGUGUAGUUGGAACCCUAGAUUUGAGCAUCCGAUACUUGUUGCCUGGGGAGACCUUUCCUGGGGAAAUGGUGAAAGCCCCUCUCUUUUGCAGCAUUGACAGAACAGGCCAAAACAGAUACUCUUACAUUGCAAACCUCUGUGUUUCCAAAUCUGCUCGCCGCCAGGGUAUUGCAAUGAACAUGUUGUAUUUUGCUGUUAAGUUAGCUAAAUCCAAUGGUGCACAGCAGGUAUUUGUGCAUGUGCAUAGAAAAAACCGACCUGCACAAGAACUUUACCAAAAGAUGGGCUUUGAGGUGGUCGAAAUGGCAACCCCUCAAUUAUCGAAAGAGCAAACUUUCUUGCUUUGCUUUGAAUUAUAAAACCUUAUUUGGCAGAAGUUUACCUCCAUUGAUUGUAUGAAAAAGGAAUACAUUGUCCAAGUGGCCACAGCAGCUCACCCCAAAUUAGGGAUGAUGAAAAUAAAAUUUACCACUGCAUAAAGUUGUCUUCAAA